UCGUCUGCGGAUUUGGUGUCUCGGGCUUGGCUCGAAGCCAUAGCCCAGAAUGGCCAGAGUGCCUGGAGCUGCCGCGAUGCGCGAGACCCCGCUGCAUGCGAGCGUGCUCGGUUCGAGUUUCAAUGCCAAGCUCGUGGCACCCAAUUCGAGCUCCGGCGUUGUUUACGGGAGAAAUGGAUUUUUCGAUUGCAAUUUAAGUGCUGCGUCUGCGGAGUGCGAGUUUUUCUGCAGAGCGUCUUCCGCAGGGGAGCUGUGCUCUCCAUCCUCGCGUGUGUCCAUCUUGAACUCGACGGUACGACGAGGAAGUAGGGCUUCUGGGCGAGUGUUGGCCUCUGCCGUGGAGGAAACUGGCAAGAGCAAAUCCGGAGGCCGAUUCUACUUCAAUGUCACUGGAUUUCCAUUUCCCCUGGGACCGUUUCUUAGCCGACGGACCAUUCGGACAGAAAUGCAGAGAGGAAGCAUCUGGUUGUUCGAGCAAGAACAAGCACUCGGGUUUAGUAGUGUUACAACGAACACUCGCAUGACGGUCAUAAAACUCAAGUCCGGGGGUUUAUGGGUGCAUGCACCAAUCGGUCCGACGGAUGAGUGCAUCCAGCUUCUGAAGGAGUUGGAGCUCCCAAUCGAGUACAUUGUUCUACCUACAUUUGCUUAUGAGCACAAGAUCUUCGUCGGACCUUUUUCUAGAGCCUUUCCCAAGGCCCAGGUGUGGGUGGCACCAAGGCAGUGGAGCUGGCCUUUGAAUCUACCGCUCCCCUUUCUGGGAAUCUUUGGAGCCAAAGUCCUGAAGGACGAUGAACUCGUCACUCCGUGGGCGGAUGAAAUCGAGCAUAAAAUCCUAAGCUGUCCUGAAGUCGGAAUUGGACCCUAUGUGGAAGUGGCUUUUUACCACAAGGCAUCGCGAAGCCUACUUGUAACAGAUGCUGUUAUCUUUGUACCAGACAAACCACCAUCCGUAGUUAGCAAGGAAGCCCUUCUAGACGCAGCAAGGAACGGACUCGCAGUGAAAGUUUUGAGCGCUGGAAAAGAGGUACCUGAUGAUCCAAUUGUCGACAACGAGGAGAAUCGUCAGAGAGGUUGGGAGAGGAUGGUCCUGCAGAUUCUGUUCUUGGGCCCGUCAAAUCUGCUGGAGCCCACACAAAGUUUCAGGCAGAUGUCUAAGAAGCUCAUUGUUUCUCCCAUAGUUAAGACACUCGUGUACAAUAAAGUUCCAGAUAAGGUUAAGAUUUGGGUAGACAGCAUUGCAAGGGACUGGAAAUUCAAGCAAAUCAUACCAUGCCACUUUUCGGGUCCAGUAGCUGCGGAUGCACGAGUAUUCAAAGCAGCUUUUGCUUUCCUCAGUGACCUUGUAGAAGAGAAAUCAGGAAGUUCCGAGUCUCCGUUGUCCUCACUAGUUGGAUUCUUUGGUAGAGCUGCAGCUGCUGUGACAUACCCCACGGCCGAUAUGAAAACCCUGUCAUCUCUAGAUAAUUUCCUUGUGUCAACAGGGGCUGUUAAAAAAACUGUUUCAGGUAAGAAAAAGAAGUGAAUGUAUGUUGCAACCGAGGAGGUUGAAAUCAAUCUGCUCGUAGAUGCCCACAACGAACGAUGUAUACAAGAAUCAAUUACAGGCCUGUAAUACACCAUCAUUGCCACUGGUUGCUGUCAGAAUUCUGUAUGAUAGAAUUCGGCGCACUAGUAAUCUCAGAAAGUACAUAAUUUGUAUAUUGGUCCGGCCCAAGUAAGGGG